AGACGGAGAGUGAGGCAUCAGACUGGGAAGCCAAGAUCACACUCCACAGCAACAGGACUCCGAGCCCCACCUGAAGAUGCUGAAACCCGUGCGGAGUGGCCUGCUGGCGAUUCUGGGCGUGCUGCUCUUCCACGCCGACGGCGGAGUCCACAGCCAGUGCUGGGACAGCAGCAGGUGUAGGGAGCUCAGCACAGAUGCUGGCCUUUUGGAGUGCAUCAAAGCCUGCAAAAUGGACCUGUCCGAUGAGUCCCCCAUGUACCCAGGCAACGGCCACCUGCAGCCUCUGUCCGAGAACAUCCGGAAGUACGUCAUGAGCCAUUUCCGCUGGAACAAGUUCGGCAGGAAGAACAGCAGCAGCAGCGUCGCUGGCCACAAGCGAGAGGAGAUCCCCAGCCAUCUCCUCUUGGGCCUCUUCCCGGACGUGGCCCCCGCUCAAAGAGGAGACGAUGGGGAAGGAGGAGCUGCCCUUGAAAGGCAAGACAGCAAACGAUCCUACUCGAUGGAGCAUUUCCGAUGGGGGAAGCCAGUGGGCAGGAAGAGGAGACCCAUCAAGGUCUAUCCCAGUGAGGUGGAAGAGGAGUCCGCCGAGAGCUACCCACCGGAAUUCAGAAGAGACCUCUCAAUGGAACUGGACUACCCCGAGUUUGAGUCCCUGGAAGACCCAGAGAGCGAGGAAGCGCUGGUCUCAGAGGAGGCGGAGAAGAAAGACGGAAAUUCCUACAAGAUGCACCAUUUCCGAUGGAACGCCCCGCCCAAAGACAAGCGAUACGGGGGCUUCAUGACGUCAGAGAGCAGCCAGACCCCUCUAAUGACUCUCUUUAAGAAUGCCAUAAUCAAAAAUGCCUACAAGAAGGGCCAGUAAGGGGAGGGAGGGCGUGGAUGCAACUUGCAACUAGAUCCCUACGGAGACCCAGAUUAGCUUCAAGAGCCCACUGGCAUGUGUUUCACUUAGAUACAGUCACAAUGGUCACUUAUUCUGUCGUUACUAAUUAUUAUUCUUAAGCGGUUUGCGGCUAGGAAACGGUUUCAUGUUCUUACUCUGACUUUGAAUGUACACAGAUUAAAAAAAAAUCAACCCAUUGAAAUAAAAACAUCCGUCCUGUACAUAAGAGGAAAGAGAUGCUUUGAUGAGUGCACUUCUAGUUUUGCUCUGCCAGAUUAUUUUCAUAUUUUAAACAAGCUGUACAAUACUGUAAAUGAUGGAUUCAAAUAAUAAUACAGUUUUGCAAGCUAAGCAGA